CCCAAUCACAUCCCAGCCGGAGUCUGAGGCAUAAGGUCGCUUUAAGAGAUAUCUCAGUUCUUACCAGGGCUCCUGGCAGGACACCUCCUCCCUCCUCCUCCCUCCUGCUCCCUCCUGCUCGACCACUAACUCCGCUCCGGCUCACCUGAUGCAAACCGCUCCGAGUCCUCCAGCAGCGACCCUUCGGAGCAGAGAGCGCACGGUGGCACACCGGAGGACCGAGGAGUCUCCUCCACCUGUCCCGAGCUGAGGACAGACAGACAGACAGACAGUAAGACAGCGGAUCCAGCUGCAGGGACCGAGGGCUGCAAAUGAAGAAUGCUGACAAGGCCGCCGAAGAUUAAAGAUGAGGGAAAGCUGUAAAAACAUGCAAAAAUUAUUCAAGAAGUAAUUACAUCGCAGGUGUGACACAACAAGCUUAAUUCAAUUAGUCCCCCCACCGCCCCCCAAAGCCUUUGAAGUGAGCCCAGGAAGACCGCCAUGGAGCUGCACGCCAAUCACAACCAGGCGCUGUGGAAAGAGAUACCGUGGGACUUCGCAGAGGACUGCUCGCUCUCGGUGAGUGGCACCACGUUUCUCAUCGUCGCUUACAGUACGGUGAUGGCGGUCGGUCUCAUCGGGAACUCUUGCCUCGUGUUUGUAAUCACGCGGCACAAGGAGAUGCGCAACGUCACCAACAUCUUCAUCGUCAACCUGUCCUGCUCCGACAUCCUCAUGUGCAUCGUGUGCCUGCCGGUUACGAUUAUCUACACCCUGAUGGACCGCUGGAUCCUGGGAGACGCUCUCUGUAAGCUCACGCCCUUCAUCCAGUGUAUAUCAAUCACCGUGUCCAUCUUCUCCCUCGUCCUCAUCGCCAUGGAGCGCUACCAGCUCAUUGUCCACCCGACUGGAUGGAAACCUUUGGUGGGCCAGUCCUACUUGGCCGUGGCUGUCACCUGGAUCGUGGCCUGCUUAAUCUCGGUGCCUUUCCUCUCGUACAGCGUGCUCACUUUGCCUUUUCAGAACCUGAGCAUCCCCUUCCCGGGCAGCGACCACCUCAUUUGUAUGGAGCGGUGGCCGACGGUCGAAGAGCGGCGAGCUUACACCACCUCCCUGCUCGUCUUCCAAUACUUCCUCCCUCUCGCCCUCAUCAUGGUCUGCUACCUGCACAUCUACCUGCGCCUGAGGAGGAGGAAGGACAUGGUGGAGCGCGGCAGGAACACCACCGAAAAGAAAAACAAGGGCUCCACGAGGAUCAACGCCAUGUUGAUCUCCAUCGUGGUGGCGUUCGCCCUCUCCUGGCUCCCUCUCAACGUCUUCAACACGGUGUUUGACUGGAACCACGAGGCCAUCCCGUCCUGUGGCCACGACUUCAUCUUCUCAUUCUGCCACCUCACCGCCAUGGCGUCCACCUGCGUCAACCCCAUCAUCUACGGCUUCCUCAACAGCAAUUUCCAGAAACAGCUCAAGUCCACGCUGUUGCGUUGCCGCUGCUGGGGGGUGGUAGAGAGGUACGAGAGCGUCCCUCUCUCAACUGUCAGCACCGAGGUCACCAAGGGGUCAAUCUUGAGCAAUGGAUCUAUCAGCAUCAAUAAUUAGAUCCAAGCCUUUUCAGUCAAAGACAAAGAAACUACUGGGGCCUCCUCCGCCCUCAUUGUGUCAUCCUCCGAAGCUUUUCUUGCUUCGUUGCAUCUAAAAGCAAGGUUGACAUUUACAAAGUUAUAAAACUCACAAUAGCGGUCUGGAGGGAGUCGGCUAAAGACACUUACCCAGCAUGGCGUUGUGCCCUCGAUUCAAUAUGAGUUCACAUGUAAGAGGAAGGAGAUAACAAAAUGACGGUGCAAAGGUUGGACAAGUUUAAGUAUUGUUGGACGCCUGAACGCGCUUCACACAAGCACUCUGUAUAGCCUGUAUAGUCCAUUCCCUGUGUGCUGUGGGCACAAAACGAACGAAGAGACAGCAUUUAAUCUGGUUAGUCAUGUUUUCUUUCCAAAGCACUGGGAUCUACUCAGAAGUCAUUUUCAAAUGAGCUGUUUGGGGUUUUACUUUUCACACUUUCACCUGCUGUAAAUGUGAGCAAUGGGACCACCAGAGAGUAUUAAUUCGUUUAAUUUUUGCUGUUUUAUGUUACUAGUAUUGAUAAAAAUAUUAAGGGAUUGUGACCUGUGGCGUGUUAAUGAUUAUCAGCAGAGUAGCUUGUUACAUAACCGAAGGAGGGAACAUUAGUGAGUUAAAUGUGGCUGCAGGCGUUCAUUCAGACGAUUUACUAGCAUCAUCUUAAUGUACUUCUUAUUACCUAAAGUCACCACAAACAAUGUAAUGAUCUUUUGACACAGAACCUUGGCAAGAGCUUCAUACGUUUCCCGCUGUCUGCCAAGGUCUGCGCUCCAGUAUAUUGUGGGUGUGGGAUGCUUAUUCUCAUAAAAUGUGCCAUACAAUAGCUAUAUAUCAAGUGCCAUAAAACAAAAUAAAAGUGGCUGUAAAGGGACUUUGAGAGCUGCUGUAUAUAACGUUACUAAAUACAUGUACGGCCUGUAAAAGAUGUGACACGGUUAUAGUCUGUGGUUGGGAAUAAAGAGCACUGUGUAGCAUAACAGAUAUCUGCUAGGAAACAAUGUUAGUCACUUCUCUUUGUGGUAUUGAACUGAAUUAAAACAUUUACUAUUAUCUUUAA